AUGGCUUCUUUGAAGUCUGGGGUUCUUGUUAAGCUUCUUGAAGAUAUGAAUGUGGAGGAUAAGGGUUCAGAAGAAGAGCGAAAAUCCGUGUUGUUGCAAAUAAGAAGCAUAAUUCCUGUUUUGGAAGAAGGGAAUUUCUGGCCUAAUAGAGGGUUCUACUUGAAGGUUGCAGAUUUAUCUCAUGCCUUGUAUGUCUCUUUGCCUCAAGAACAGAAUGAUAUGAUUUUGAGUAACCAAUUACAACUUGGGCAGUUCAUAUAUGUGAAAAGUCUUGAGAGGGCAUACCCUGUUCCAUUGCUCACAGGUAUAAGGCCUGUCAGGGGUAGGCAUCCGUGUGCUGGAAUUCCUGAAGAUAUUGUUCCUGUAACAAAUUUGGUGAACCUUCUUGAGCCAUCUGAUAUGGAGUCAAUUGUCGAAAAGGGUGUAAUUUCAGAGAAAAAGAUAAUUGAAAAUUCAUCAGAUUCAAGAAAAUUAUUUCGUGGAUUGUCUGAUUCGGAGGCACUGAUAAAAAAGGUUGAUCGUGUUGACAAGAGGACUCAAGGAAGGUUGCGUUCUUCGAGUGCUUCAAAAGCUCGUCCUGAUGAGCAUAGAAUUGGCUUGAAGACUAAAAGAUGGGAUGUUGAGAAGAGAACUUUGAAUGUGCUGGGUGGAUUUCAAACGAAUAGGUCAAGUUCCUUUGACAAUGAUAGUGAUUCUGAUGACACGAAAUCAUCCGUCUCUUCAACCAGCAUAUCAAAGAGAAGAAGCUGGACUGAGUCUGAAAUUUUGGAGGUUAAGGAAAUCUUUGAUUCUUCAGUUGCCAAGCAUGAGAUCAGACCAUUAGCUCGUAGUCGCUGUCGCAGUGCAAAUGACUCAUUCUUAAUCAUUUUGUAUAGACAGGUUUCUCCUGUUCGCAAUGUGAGGUAUGACAGCUCUGAUGACAAUUUAAGUUCCACAAGAAGACGAAAUACUGUUUCAACUAGGAAAUUGGUUAGAAGUUCCAACAAGAGCAAGAUUCCAGUUUCAAAGAUAAAUGGUGAGGGGACCUCAUGUCCAGUGGCAAUAAGCAGUUCAGUCAACAAUAGAAAAGGGGCAGAAACUAGAAUUUUAUGGGACUCUCUCCCAUCGACCUUGGUGAAGCUUGGCAAGGAGGUUACAAGGCAAAGAGAUGCUGCUCUGCUUGCAGCUGUGGAGGCUUUGCAAGAGGCCUGUGCCGCUGAGAGGUUGCUCAAUUGCCUAAGCACAUACUCGGAGUUUCCAUUAGCUGAAGGGAAUGAUCUGCAGCCAUAUGUUGAUAAGUUCUUUGAUCUCCAAGAUGAAUUAGCUCACACAAGACUAAUAAUGCAGUCAUUGACAAACAUCAAUCCUCUAAGAACAUCAGGAAUCGAUUCUAGCUGCACUGGUUCAGUCAAGGAAGCCCUGAAGCUAGCUGUUGAAAGAAAGAAGAAUGCUUCUUCUUGGAUUAAAUCUGCUGUAGCAGUUGAUCUUUCCCCAUGCUUUACGGCCCUUAAACCCAUGCCUAUUACUACGGAUGCUACCAACGCCCCAAAGAAAUCAAGUACAUCAACUCACGGUACUAAACCGAUGCUUUCAUGUAGCAUUACGAAGCAGAACAAGAAUGGUGAGUUCCCACUUGCAUUGGCAGGCAACAUGGAUGAUCAAGCGGACUGGAGGAGGGGAAGUUUGUGUGCAGCUGCUAAUCUGGCUUCUUCCUUGCAGGAUGAAUGUAGAAAAUUUUUCUUGGGUUAUGUAGAGAAAUAUUUAGAUGAGGUUGAGAGCAAAACAUUGUCAAUGGGCUCGGAUAGUCAGAUAGCUGGGAGAAUGUACAAGGUCAAGAGAGUGAAUGACUGGUUAGAUGUGAUUUCGAGCCAAGAGGCCAAUCAUCCAAAGGAUGGAUGCAAAGAAGGUUGUGCAUUGGAUGAGUCUGAAAUAGAAGCUUGUGGAAGAGUGAGAAACCAAAUAUAUAGGAUCCUAUUGAAGCAUGUUGAGAGGAGUGCCAAAGCUUUGGAAAAUAUAAACACAUCCGAUUAA